CGAGAAUCAGCCAGUCAGCGCCCCGACUCACUGCCACCAUUGGUGGAUGAUCUCGGGGUAACACUAUGCGGGGUGCGCCUCUGCCAAGAGUUGCAGGAGUUUUAAACACCGAGGUGUGACUCCACUCACAUCAUCGUGUCGGAUCUUUCCGUGCUUCAUCAAGUCGCCAAGUGGGUUCUGGUGGUUUUAAUAAGAGGGAGUGAGAUUGAUGCACCAACAUGUUCUGACAGCACGGCCGACUAGCAAUGUGCUUGGAAGAUAAAGCCAACGGAUCUCUGCGACUCCUUCCUCCAUAGCUUCUUGUUCGUCAUGGCGCAGAGUGCACUGAUCGUCGACGGCUUGAAGCGCUCCGAUGUGAAGUCUAGCAUCGAGCUGCUCAUACACAACCUCGUCCACAUAAAGGACGAGACGGGUCACUUUCUUCUGAAGCUCGAUGAUGGAAGGGUGAUUGACACGAAAGGAUGGAUUUCCGGCUGGGAGUGGACGCACGGUAUCGGCCUGUAUGGACUGUGGCAAUAUCAUGAGAGCACGGGAGAUGAGACAGCGUUGGGUCACAUCAAAAAAUGGUUUGACGUGCAGCUGGGGCUCGGGACGACGAAGAACAUCAACACCAUGUCCCCGUUCUUGACCCUUGCAUACCUGUACGAGAGCACACGGAAGCAAUCUUACCUUCCCUGGCUCGACUCAUGGGCGGAAUGGGCAAUGUACGACCUCGAACGAACGAGAUACGGCGGGAUGCAGCACGUCACGUACUUGACGCCGAAUACGCAGGAGCUGUGGGACGACACGCUGAUGAUGACGGUGAUGCCACUGGCCAAGAUCGGCAAGCUUCUGAACCGGCCACACUACAUUGAAGAAGCGAAGAAGCAGUUCCUGCUUCACAUCACGUACCUUUUCGACCCGACGACGGGUCUCUUCUUCCACGGCUGGAAGUUCGACGAGAGCGCAUCUGGCGCCGAAGGGCACAACUUCGCAAGGGCGAGAUGGGCCAGGGGCAACAGCUGGCUGACCAUCGCGAUCCCGGACUUCAUAGAGCUGCUAGACCUUCCGGAGCACGACUUCUUGCGCCAGCACCUGAUCGCGGUCCUGGAGGCCCAAUGCAAAGCCCUGAGGCGGCUCCAGAACGAGGGCGGCUUGUGGCGAACGCUGCUCGACGUGUCCGAAGCCGAGGGAUCGUACGUGGAAUCAAGCGCGACGGCAGGUUUCGCGUACGGUAUCUUGAAAGCGGUCCGCAAGCGAUACGUCGGUCGCGAGUACGAGGAGGUUGGAAGGAGAGCCGCCAGGGCUGUGAUGGGCAAGAUUAGUGCGGACGGCGAGCUUCUCGACACCUCGUUUGGAACGGCCAUGGGCGAGACUCUGCAGCACUAUCUGGACAUUGAGAGGACAGCCAUGCCGUAUGGUCAGGCGAUGGCAAUCAUGGCCCUGGUUGAAUACUUGCGAGCUUUUGUGUGAUGUGCGCUGUUCCGAACGCUCUUCAGAUGCGUCGAGAAUCGGUGUCUGCGUUGUAGAGCAUUUAAAAAAGCGCCUGCAAAGCGGCGUCAUUUGGAGAGAAUUCAUGAUGAAAAUAUUCAGCUUGAUUUUCUGAAAACACAAAUCACGACCUGGAACGUGCCAGGCAAUUCCCUGCUUGCAAACAGUAAGGCCAUUUCUGAGGCAUGUGAAAU